UCUAAAAAGUAAAAAAAUUGCUUAAAAUAUUUUAAAAAAUUCAGUAAAAACAAAAAAACACGAAAAAUAUGAAAGUAGAAUUUUCUGAAAAGUGUUUUUUGAAAAAUGAAAACAAGCAAGCUGAAUGUUAUUUUAGAUUUGUGGUUCAUAUCAAAAUUUGAUUUUGAUGAGAUGGUUAACAAAAUAUCAAAUUUGAGAAAUAUAUUUGUUGAAAUUUUAUAAAAUACGAAGUAUGAAGAUGGCCAUUCAAAUAAAAAAAAGGUCAUAUGUUUGAGGUGUAUUUGUUCUGGACAUCUAUAUUCUUGACAGUAUUCAUGAUUGUUAGAUAUACAAUGUUUGAUUUUUUAUUUUAUUUUAUUAUUGAAUAUGAGGUAGAGCAAUGAUAUUCACACUCCACUUGUGAGAGGCUGAAAGACAAAAAUUAGAGUGAAAAGUUUAAAAGAGAGUGGGAAUAUCAUUUCUAUUAAUGCUUUACUGAACAUGAUGAACAUGGUUGGUUUUUAUUGUAUUGUGUACUUGCUCAUAUUUUGUUUCAAUGUCUAUUUUUCUUUCAGCUUGAGAUCCUCUGUAAUUUGGCAAUGUGGAGAAGAAAAAUAUGUUCAGUGUGACUACUAGGUUAAUAACCACAUAUGUGGUUGGACUUGGCCUUGGGGAGACGUGCUGUCCUGGAACAAAAGCACGUGAUUUAGAAGAAGAUGAUAAAUUCUAUGAGGACUUCAAUAUGGAUGAAGUUGACUUGAAUAUUGAGAACUAUGAAGAAACAUUUGGUGUAGCUCUUAAUGAUCCAGAACAACUGUUUGGUAAUGAUGGAAUUGGUAGCUUGUUUGGAGUGAAGGACAUGUCCGGUGCUGAUUUGAACCAUCGAGGCACAUAUGCAGCUGAGGGGUCAUCAAUUAGACUAGUUAAGUCAAUGCAGCCGGCUAUCAGCAAUCCGGCAUCUGCUGAUUCCGUGAUAAGCUCUAAAACUGAUCCAAACCUUUGCUUUGCAAUGCAAGCCCAUUCCAGCAUCUCAUUUUUUGUCUUGGCGUGGAGAGUUGUGCUGCAGAUCAUCAAGACUGGUGCUUCUCCAAUGUUUCUCAUGGGAAAGCCGCCUCCAUUGUGUCUUGAAAGUUCACUCCCUUCAACUAGUAGGAGCAGCGCUGUUAUGAGUUACAUGGAAAAGAAGAAGACACGCAAGUAAUAGUAGAGCAGUUUUUUUUUUUUACACUUCAUUUAGGUUAAAAAAAGUAAAGAAUAUUGUGUAGGAAGCAUGGAUGUGUAUUUAUUUCACUUUCAAUUCUUUUUGAUUGUUUAGUUCUUUGGUUUAAUGGAAAGUAUAUUUUGAGGUUUGUGAUAGUUCGGAGGAAAGAAAAACAAGGAAGUGUAGAAGAAGUGUUAAUGCGUGAAUGUUGAGAUUUUAUUCAGGGAAUAAAUGGAAAAUAAUGCAUGAAUGUUGAGAUUUUUA